CAUUCCCUUUAUGUCACGUAUGGAAGUGAAUGUCUCCCCUUUUUUGAUAUGUAAAUUUCAUUUAAAUUGAUUUUUGACUAGUAGAUUAAUAAUUAAACAAUAUAAAAAUUUAUAUUGACGUUGGGAAUAAAUUUACUGUACAUCUACUAUUAAAAGCAAUAACAUAGUUGUUAUAAUGGAAUCUCGGACAGAGUUUAAAAUAAAGUCUCCUCCAACUGACGCUGUUUCGGCAGUGGAGUUUGGACCCAAUUCAACACAGUUUCUCCUUGUUUCUUCUUGGGAUAGUACAGUGCGGUUGUAUGAUAUUCAUGCAAAUACUAUGAGAUUAAAAUAUAAUCAUGAUUUGCCAGUUUUAGAUGUUGCAUUUCAGGAUGCCGUUCAUGCUUAUAGUGGUGGUUUAGGAAACACAUUAAAGAUGUAUGACAUCAAUAGUAAUAGUGAAUCAAUCAUGGGAACACAUGAUAAACCAAUUAGAAAAAUUGAAUAUUGUGCUGCAGUAAAUGCAAUAUUAACUGGUGGAUGGGAUGCAGCAGUGAAGUUGUGGGAUCCUAGAACACCCACUUGUGUAGGUAGUUAUUUACAACCUGAUGUUGUUCUUGCUUUAUCUGUAUGUGGAGACAAGUUUGUAGUAGGUACUGCCAAACGCAAAGUUUGUAUUUGGGAUUUGAGAAAUAUGGCUGGUAUGUUUCAAAGACGAGAAAGCAGUUUGAAAUAUCAAACGCGUUGUAUUAAAGGUUUUCCUAAUGAACAGGGAUAUGUUCUUAGUAGUAUAGAGGGUCGUGUUGCUGUUGAAUAUUUGGAUACAACGCCAGAAGCACAGAAAAAGAAAUAUGCUUUCAAAUGCCAUAGAAUAAAGGAAAAUAAUGUGGAACAUAUAUAUCCAGUGAAUGCUAUUAGUUUUCAUUCAACUUAUAAUACAUUUGCAACUGGUGGUUCAGAUGGUUAUGUGAAUAUUUGGGAUGGUUUUAACAAAAAACGUUUAUGCCAGUUUCAUAGAUAUAAUGCUGGUGUUGCUGCACUUAGUUUUAGCCAUGAUGGUUCUGUACUUGCUAUAGGAGUAUCAUAUUUGAACGAAGCUGAAAUCCCACCAGGUGGAAAUGAUGAAAGAGAAAUUUAUAUAAGAUAUGUGAAUGAUCAAGAAACUAAACCAAAAUAAUAUCGUGUUAUUGUACAAAGUUUUUUACAGAAAAAAUAGAUUAAAAAAUUUUUUAAUUAUA